GUUCAAGAGGGUGAGUGUAUGUUGAUAUAUUGUGCAACUCUAAUUUAUGCUAUUUUAUAAACUGUCAGACAAUCGCUUUAUUUCUGCUUCAGUAUUUCAGCGGAAAAUCUUUAGACUUAGGAGAGGUAAGAUAUUUAGUAUACUGUUCACUGUUUGUGCUCAACAAAUACUUUAAACACCGCGAUUUCAAGGUAAGACGUUCUUGGCCUCGAUAAGCGAAUUAGCGCCAUGGACGGUGUAAUUGCAGAAUGGGAGAAGUUUGAAAAUUCUAAGAAAUAUGAAGAAGCAUACUCUGUAGUAUCCAAUGCAAUAAUUGAUAACAAGGAUCCCGAACUGUACUGGAGGAAGGCUCGUAGCUGCAGAAAUUUAGCUAACUCACUGGGUAAAAACGAUAAACAAGUGUAUAAAAAGUACAUCGAAGAAGGUCUUUCAGCUUGUGACGAAGGGCUCCGAAUAGAUUCAGAAAAUUCUAAGUGCAACUCCUGGUACGCAAUAUUUCUAAACUUAUCAUCAGAAAUUGAGGGAAUAAAUAAGCGGAUAGAAAAUUCUUUUAAGAUGAAGGACCAUUGGAUGAAAGCCAUAAAAGCAAAUCCUGACGACGUUGUUACAUUGCACGCUCUUGGGAGAUGGUGUUUCGAGGUUACAGAUCUCCCAUGGAUAAAGCGAAAGCUUGCAGCUACCUUUUUCGGUGAACCACCUACGUCUACCUACGAAGAAAAAAACAAACGAAUGAUAAUAUGUAAUGCAUUGUAACAUAAAUAGAUCCUAUUUAUCUUCCUAAAUGUUUAUACCUCUGAAAGUUGAACACCACCACCACCACCGCUAACAACGACAACAACAUACUUAUAUCUUUAAUACGUUUUAUUUAACAGCACAAACAAAUUAUUGCAAAUACAAUUAUAGUAGAAUUUCUAAACCUUAUACACUUGAAACAUUUUAUUACUGUUUAUUUCAAUCUUUCAUUAUAUUAUUGUUAUUGAUUUCGAAUUUGCACUUUAAUUUCUAUUGUUUUGGUUGGAUUGGUUUAUUAUUGGGUUAUUCUCAUAUACUCGUAGUGACCUACUUUUACCAAGAGAACGCGAUUGAUUUAAUGGAAACAAUCAUUAUUAUAAUCAAUUGUACCAGUGAUUGUUUUAUUGUGCUAAAGACAUCCAUAUUCCUACUCUAUUAUUGCUCCAUUAUCUUUUGAUUGUGACCUUGCACGGGUUUGGUUACGCUCGGUAACCAAGCUUGUACUUCUUUUGGCACGAUCUCGGUAUCCUUUCG